GCUGCAGUUGUGGCUUUACGACGUGUUACUCGUAAUAAGAAAGACUAAAAAACAUUGAAACCACAAUGUUUUAACUAGUGUUAUCAACAACAGACGCCAUUUUGUAUAAACAGCUGUUGAUUUGGAGGUUAUUUUGUGGGAAUGUUAUGUUUAUAAGAUAUUAAAAGUGAUUAAAACUUGUGAGUGGUGAAAAUAUAGUGACAGAUUAUACGGAAAACAAGAUGGCGUCGCUUAAAUUUCUGUUGUGUUUAAGUUUUAUUCACAUGGCUGUGGGGAAAGGUUCAGAGUCUCAAAUCGAAUGCACGCCUGAGGUCAUGAGGGUGACCGUGCCAAUGGACGGCGACAGACAAAUUUCUUACUUAGAUCAAUUGAAAGAUUACCAGCCAUGCAAGCCGGCGUUGGAUGACGGGAAGGCGACAUUCAUGUUAGACCUUCAGGAUCCACACAAAUGUGGAGUCACCAGAGUUCUCAAUAAGAUCACAGGCAAACGCACAUUCUACCACAAAAUCGUGAUAGAAGACGCCAUCGGUGGUCGAGAGACGGUAACAGUCAGGUGUGUGGUGGCCAGCAAACUGCGCGCCAUCUCCAGGAGAGCUGCUGAAGGGUUUCCCCUGGACUUUAAUGAACCAGAUGUACUAAACAUCACAAGAUACGAAGAAGGUCACGCUCCCGAGCCAGUUCUUGGUGCUAUUGUGAAGGAGAAUGGCAAACAAGUUUCUGGCGAGAUCUCGGUGAGUCCAGGAACUCCACUGUCGAUGGAAAUCUUCCUCGAUGAGAAGUCAGCGCCGGUGUACGGGUUACUAGUCAGCUAUAUGCAUGUUACAGACACCGGAAAGCAGCAAGAAACUAUUAUAUUGAAUGGCUGUUCGGUGGAUCCGUACCUCUUCGAUAACUUCGUGACGUCUGAUGGUGACCUGCUCGCAGCCAAGUUCAGGGCGUUCAAAUUCCCGGAUACCACAUACGUGCAGUUCAAAGGAACCGUCAGCGUGUGUCUGGACAAAUGCCAAGGAGUACAAUGUACGAAUGGUGCCACUGGUUAUGGCAGGAGACGUCGCUCUAUCUCGUCUGAUGGCAUCCCCAAUAAAGUGUACGAGGUGUCUCUCACCACCUUCAUCAAGGUGGACUCCAACGGCGGAGAGGAGGAAGCUGAAGACUUCCUCACCCACCUGAAGAACCUCAAAAUCGCAAACCAGCUGCUUGGAGAUCAGGAUGGAACACCUGCUAGCAUCUCCGAGUGGUCACAGGAGAAGAAGCUGCUAUUACCCGACAAGCCAUCAUCCCCUGCACUUUCGAAUGCUAGCAUGUACAACGCAUGUUGUAUGUUAUUAUCGUUGAGUGUACUAUUGAUAUUUUUUAAAUAAUUGACAAUUAUUCUUUCUAAUGAAACGAUCUCGUAACUUUGUAUUGUACAGUCAACUUGGAAUAUACAUAAAUAGAGUCCUAACCUCGUCUAGUGGUUUAGCACGCCUCUUUACUUCCGAUGGUCGUGCUCGUUUCCUCGCACGGUGCAAACAUUUGUAUUCAUGAGUAUGAUUGUUUGUAUCCAUCUGCUUGUUUGCUAUGUAUAUAUUUCCAAAAAAAUGU